UAUAUUUACAAAAUUGCCAUUUGAGAGUUGUUUAUCAAGGUUGUAUGUUCUCAAAUGUAUUAGGGUCAAAGUGUUAAGAGUGUUUGUCAAAAAAUAUUCUCCAUUAAUGUGUAGAGAGUAAUUCCAAAAAUUGAAAAAUGUUUAGUGGAGAUGCGGGGUAUCGAUCCCCGUACCUCUCGCAUGCUAAGCGAGCGCUCUACCAUCUGAGCUACAUCCCCAUGUUAUAAACAUUUUCUCUUCUUAAAAUAUAAUCUGUAAAAAAAAAACUAGACGUUUCCACCAUUUUUAACUCUUCAAAAAGCUCGCAAAUCAUCUUCUUCCUCCUCUUCUUCUUCUUUGUCGAAUAAAAAUGCUGAGAAGAGCACUGAAACUCCGCCCUUUUCUCUCUCCUCACCCUUCAUCAUCUUUCUCUCACCUCUUCUCAUCAUCUUCAUCUUCUUCUUCAUCAUCACCUUCUCUAAAUUCAUCUGGGACUUUCGUCGAACAUGUUGCGGGCAAUCCUAAUGAAAGCCUUUCAACUUCAAACCCCACUAUUUCCAUUGAUCGUUCUGGUCUUUGCAACCCUCCUGAGCAUUCUCAUGAACCAACCUCGGAUUCUGAGCUUGUUAAGCAUCUAAAAAGCAUAAUUAAGUUUCGUGGAGGUCCUAUCUCCGUGGCUGAGUACAUGGAGGAAGUUCUUACGAAUCCAAAGGCUGGAUUCUACAUAAAUCGUGAUGUAUUUGGAGCAGAAGGUGAUUUUGUUACUUCUCCUGAAGUGAGCCAGAUGUUUGGGGAGAUGGUUGGUGUAUGGGCCAUGUGUCUUUGGGAGCAAAUGGGCCGACCUAGUAAGGUUAAUUUAGUGGAGCUUGGUCCAGGAAGGGGAACUCUUAUGGUUGAUCUUCUUCGAGGUGCAUCCAAGUUCAAGAAUUUCACAGAAUCUCUACACAUACAUUUAGUUGAGUGCAGUCCAACUCUGAAGGAACUACAGCACCGCAAUUUGAAGUGUUUGGAUGCAGAUGAUACGUCAUCAAGCGGAGAGAAGAAGACAGUUAGCCAAAUAGCUGGAACCCCUGUAGCAUGGCAUGCUGCUUUUGAGCAGGUUCCAUCAGGAGUUCCAACAAUCAUCAUUGCCCACGAGUUUUAUGACGCUUUACCUAUUCAUCAGUUUCAGAGGGCUUCUCGUGGUUGGUGUGAGAAAAUGGUUGACAUAGAAGAAGAUUCAGCGUUUCGCUUUGUUCUCUCGCCUGCGCCUACACCUGCAACUGUUUUUCUUGCAAAGCGCUGCAAGUGGGCUGUGAAAGAGGAAGUAGACAAGCUUAAUCAAAUUGAGAUUUGCCCACAGGCAAUGGAGCUGACUGAAUCCAUUUCUAAAAGAAUAAGCUCUGAUGGCGGUGGAGCACUUAUCAUAGACUAUGGUCUGAAUGGAAUAGUUUCUGAUAGUCUUCAGGCAAUUCGGAAACAUAAAUUUGUACCUAUCCUUGAUGAACCUGGAACUGCAGAUCUCAGUGCUUAUGUUGAUUUUGAAGCAAUUCGCCACUCUGCUGGGGAGGCCUCAGAUAACGUUUCUGUUUACGGUCCCAUUACCCAGUCACAGUUUUUGGGCUCUCUUGGUAUAAAUUUCAGAGUUGAAACUUUGAUACAGAACUGUGAAACAGAUGAGCAGGCAGAGUUGUUACAGGCAGGAUAUUGGCGUUUGGUGGGUGAAGGAGAAGCCCCAUUCUGGGAGGGUCCUGAAGACAAGGUGCCUAUUGGUAUGGGUACACGAUAUUUAGCUAUGGUUAUUGUCAACAAGAAUCAAGGCAUUCCUAUUCCGUUUCAAUGAAGCGGAAAUGACACACAUAGUGAAAUAGUAUAGAGAUCCGAAGUGAUUGGACUUUCAAGUAGGCUGCAUUAUAUUUUUUUUCUCCGUGAUGCAGAUUCAGAUAACGAGUUUGAUUCAACCAGCAUUCAUAACUUUAUCGUUUUUGAGCCGCCUUUCCUAAUUGUACAAUUUUAUUCAUGCAAAACUGAGAUCGAAAUUGUGAAAAAUAAAGGUUGAGAAAAUCUUCUAAUUGUUCGUUAUCAGAACAAUGCUGAGUACAUUGUUACGUGUCACUUCUACAAUUGUGGAUGAGGUUCUGUGGAACUUCAAAAAUCAAAAGAAUGUUAAGUGAUUGAAUUUGAUACAAGGUAUGAAAAUCAUGUAUACUACCUUCAUUCA